AUUUAUUUUACGUAUUUUGAUAAAUAUUUCAGAAAACAUAAAAAAAAUUCUCAAAAAUUUGGUUUACUUUGGCAGCAGCUGUACUUUGUAAUCUUUUGGCCCCCUUUAGGUCAUUUCGCUUUUAAAUUGUGCAGAAGUGCUCAGUUUCUGACCCCUAUCAUGUGUGAGCCAAAGGCGCGCAUAAAGGCAACUCCCGAGCGUUGCUUGCGCUGCUGUCCGCCGUGCUGCAAUCCCUGCCUCUGCUGCCCGCCCGAGUGCUGCAGGCCAUGCACCGCCUACUGCAUAUUCGACCUGGAGAGCGCAGUGUUUGAUACCCGUCAAAUCUAUCAACGCGCCUGCCGUGAGCUCCUGGCCAGCUAUAAUAAGACUCUGCCGGAGGCGGUGAUCCUGCGCAGCGCUGCCAUGGAGACGCAGGAGAUGGCCGAGCUGAUCUGCCGCAAGUGCAAGCUGCCCAUUCCCUGGGAGAAUUUCCUGGUGCAGCUGAACGAGCACACGUGCGAGCUAAUUGGCAAUCCGCCGCUAAUCGACGGCGUGGAGCGUCUGGUCAACCACCUGCAUGACAACUGCAUUGGCCUGGCCCUGAUCACGGCCAGCAAGCGGGAGAUCUUUUGCAAGAAGAUACGCGGCAGAGAGGAGUUCUUCAGCCAGUUCGAUCAGGUGCUCUGCGCCGAUGAGUACAAUCGGCCCAAGCCGGAACCGGAUUGCUACUUGAUAGCCAUGCGCCUGCUCUGCGAUCCGCCCUGCGUCGAGUGCUGCCUGGCCUUCGAUGGGACGCCCAAGGGGGUGCAGGCUGCCCGGGACGCACGCUUAAAGGUGAUUAUGCUGCCCGACCCGGAGCUGCCUUGCUGCUGGUCUGAGCUGGCAACGCAGCGACUCGAAACAUAUCUCGAGUUCGAUCCCGUAGAAUUUGGUAUGCCCUACCUGGAGCCGAUGCCAGAGCCGCCAGCAAUUAUGUCAGGUGGAGAGAGCGAGGAGGCGGAGGAGGAGGAGGACGAGGGCGAGCAGAACGACGGGGAGGCGGUUGAGGACAACGACGAGGAGCCACCAGCGGAAGCUUAAGUGUUCUAUAUAUAUAUACAUGUGCAUAUAUAUACAUACAGAUACAUAUGUACAUAUGCAUAUAUAUAUAAAUAGAAUGUUUUAUAGGUUUUUAAGCAAAAAUUUCUGGUGCACUUCUGAAACAUUCAACAGGAAAUAUUUACCGGGUGACAAUCGGCUGACUAUCUACUAAAUUAUGGUUAAAAUAUCUGAGAACGAAAAGUUGUAAAAAAUUUAUAUUAAAUGGUAAUAUAACCCUA